CUGUGUUUUAAACACGCCCGCUUCAGGCUGGAAGGCCGAAAACACGAAAAAUAUCGAAGUUUACGUUCAUUUAACUUUAUUCUGAUGAGGUAACUCGCGGCGGGAGGUAUUUAUUAACUUAUUUGGGGGUAGUUAUCUGAAAUAUUUGAUUAUUUUGAGGUGAAAUCGGUGUGUUAGUGAGAGGCCGGUUCUCUGCUUCUGCCAGCUUAGCUUGCUGGCUAACCCUGACUUCCAUCUCUCACAUUAAUCACCUCAUAAAUCAACACGGAAAUGGCUGAAUCUGAUAAAUUAAACAUCGACUCCAUCAUUCAGCGUCUUCUGGAGGUGAAGGGUUCCAGACCUGGCAAAAACGUUCAGCUCAUGGAGCACGAGAUCCGGGGCCUGUGUCUCAAAUCCAGAGAGAUUUUCCUCAGCCAGCCCAUCCUGCUGGAGCUAGAAGCACCACUGAAGAUCUGCGGCGAUGUUCACGGUCAGUACUACGACCUGCUGAGGCUGUUCGAGUAUGGCGGCUAUCCUCCGGAGAGCAACUACCUGUUUCUGGGAGACUACGUGGACAGAGGGAAGCAGUCUCUGGAGACCAUCUGCUUGCUGUUGGCGUACAAGAUUAAAUAUCCAGAGAACUUCUUUCUGCUGAGAGGGAACCACGAGUGCGCCUCCAUCAACAGGAUAUACGGUUUCUAUGACGAGUGCAAAAGGCGGUACAACAUCAAACUCUGGAAGACGUUUACAGACUGUUUCAACUGCUUACCAGUGGCUGCCAUCGUUGACGAGAAGAUUUUCUGCUGCCACGGAGGUCUGUCUCCGGACCUGCAGUCGAUGGAGCAGAUCCGCCGCGUGAUGAGACCCACAGACGUGCCCGACCAGGGCCUGCUGUGUGACCUGCUGUGGGCCGACCCCGAUAAAGACGUAACCGGCUGGGGCGAGAACGACCGCGGGGUCUCCUUCACCUUCGGCUCCGACGUGGUGGCCAAAUUCCUCAACAAGCACGACAUGGACCUUAUCUGCCGAGCCCAUCAGGUGGUGGAGGACGGCUACGAAUUCUUUGCCAAGCGGCAGCUGGUGACCCUAUUUUCGGCCCCGAACUACUGCGGCGAAUUCGACAACGCUGGUGCCAUGAUGAGCGUGGACGAGACGCUCAUGUGCUCCUUCCAGAUCCUGAAACCCGCUGACAAGAAGCUGCCGUACGGCGGAGCUGGAGCUUUCGGCUCCGGCCGACCCGUCACGCCACCCCGAAACGCCGCUAAAGGAGGCAAAGCCAAGAAAUAACACACGACGACCACACGCACCAUCUUCCUCUCCUUCUUCCUUCAGUCUACCUCUUCUUCUGUUCUCCUUCUGUUUCACCAUCAGGAUUUUUUCCUCCUCUUUUACUUUACUUUGCUGUGAAGGAUCUGGUUUUAGUCUGACCAAUCAUGAGUGAGACUGACGCGACUGCGGAGAGAUUUUUAAGUUUCGGAUCCCUCGACCACUUUCUGUCUCGUUUCCUUGUUAUAAAUGUAUAGAAAUAAUCCUUUUAGGGAUCUUUUAUUGGACCUAAGCAUUUUUUUCUUCUCCAGCCUCAGGGUCCAUCACACACUUUUAACUCCUGAAGCAAUCAGACUCUGUGUGUGUGUGUGUGUGUGUGUGUGUGCGUGUGUGUGUGUGCGUGUGUGUGUGUGUUUAAUCACUGCCACUCUGAAAUGUGAAGUGUGGAUGUGGUUUCGUCUUUCAUCAGCAGAUGGUGCGAUCGAGCUUGGGACUUCGUGUGAGAGUUUUUUUAUUAUUAUUAUUCUUUAGUUUAAACCCACAGAGCUUCACGCUGACCUCCAGGAUAGAAUUGACCCAUCUGUAUGAAAAAUCGUCCCAGCGUCCCGUCCUGGCUUUUUAUUUUUCCUUCGUCGAUGCGAGUGCGAUCGGCUGUGCGGUCUUCUGCGAUGUGGACGAUGUAGGAGCAGAACUUUGUGUUCCACAUGCUAGGGUUAGAUUUGUAUAGCAAUUUACUUGAAUAAGAGUCAGCCUCUUCUUUUUUGUAGACUUUCAUGAACUUGGCCAAUAAAGUGAGAAUCUCCUACGAAUAAA